AUGGUUGAAGAAUAUAAUGUAGACACACAGGUUUUAUUACGAAGAGCAUGGAAAGUUAAAGGAAACUUGGGUGGUGAAGGAAAAUGGCUUGUAGAAGUAGGUGAUCCUAUUCCAGAAGUUAACCCUAAUAAUGAAAUUGCUGAUAUAAUAGAAUCAAAAGACCAGCCUGUUGUAACAAGACGUAAUACUAGAGUAAAUUUAGAAUGGAGAAUAAGAAACUUGCCAUUCCCAAUUGAAACUUAUUCAAUUAAAGUAAAUAAUGACAGUAAAUGCAUUACACAAGCUAAUAUUCAAGCAUCCCAUAACUUUAACACCUUAAUUAUUACGUAUAAAAAGCCACAACAGCUUCUAGACAUGGAGAAGGAAUGGUUUGAAGAAUUGAAAAAGGUAAAGCCAAUCAAAGAUAUCCCAAGUGACUGCAAAACUCAA